UCAAAACAGCUGAUUUUGUUGUUAUUCUUGAGGAACAUUUAUUCUAAUCCCAGGGUAUCGUGCUACUAGCUAUAGAACUUUGGUUUAAAAAAUGAGAUUAACAAAUCUAUUAAGAGCCCUUCCAGUUAAGGAACCAGUGGUCCCGAAAAGAAUGAACAAGCUUAAAUCCUUGGCAAUAGUGACCACUGGUGCCACCAUUUUUUGUACGGGUUUCUCUAUUUAUAAAUGCAAUGAAAACUUUUAUAAGAAUACAUUGAUGCCAUUAACGCGAUAUUUACCACCGGAGACAAGUCACAAUUUGGCUGUUUUGGCUUGUAAAUAUAAAAUAUUCUCAGCGCCGCCGAAACCGGAUUCGCAAAAUCUGGCUACUACAUUCUUUAAUAAACAAAUAACGAAUCCAAUUGGUAUAGCUGCUGGUUUCGAUAAACAAGGUGAAGCUGUUGAAGGUUUAUAUAAAUUAGGAUUUGGUUUUGUUGAGAUAGGUUCUGUAACUCCUGAACCGCAGCCAGGCAAUCCAACUCCGCGCGUAUUUCGUUUAGUUAACGAUGCGGCCAUUAUUAAUCGCUAUGGAUUCAAUAGUGACGGACAUAAGAUUGUUUUCGAACGUUUAAACAAACUAAGAAUUGAGCGUGGUUUUGAUGGUGUUUUGGGUGUUAACCUUGGAAAAAAUAAAACAUCCGAAUCGCCAAUUGCAGACUAUGUAAAUGGAGUUAAUGUAUUUGGUCCCAUUGCCGACUACUUAGUUGUCAAUAUUAGCAGCCCAAAUACCCCUGGCUUACGUGAUUUACAAGGUAAAAAGGAAUUAGAAGAAUUGUUGAAGGCUAUUAUAGUAGCGCGGAACUCUCUGCCUGUAAACAAUAAAGUACCUAUAUUAUUGAAAAUUGCACCCGAUUUAACGAAAAAAGAUAUGAAAGAUAUUGUAAGUGUUAUAAACAAAAAUGCUUGUCGAGUCGAAGGUAUUAUAGUAUCGAAUACUACAUUAUCGCGUGAAAAUUUAAAAGAAGUUGAGCUGGCUGGCGAAUCGGGUGGGUUAAGUGGAGCCCCCAUACGUUCGAAAUCCACGCAAUUAAUUGCCGAUAUCUAUGCGCAAACCAACGGUAAUAUUCCCAUCAUUGGUGUCGGGGGUAUUUCAUCAGGAAAAGAUGCGCUGGAGAAGUUGGAAGCGGGUGCUUCAUAUUUACAAUUUUAUACUGCAUUCAUAUAUGAGGGUCCGCCGGUUGUGACACGCAUUAAGAAGGAGCUUUCACAGUUAUUGGAGGAGAAGGGUUACAAGAGUGUCGACGAUGCAGUGGGUAAAAAUUACAAAAAAUAUGUUAGUAUAUAAAAAAAACAGUGGCUUAUUUUUUAACAAAAUGUUUUAAUAA